AGUCGAUUCGUACCUCUACACACUUGACAAGGAAAUGGCAUUUCUUUUCGAAUGGUCGUUAUAUACAUUUCUUAUCUGUGGAUUUCUGCGCAAUGUUGAUGGCGCUGCUUCCAUUGAGGGGAUUAUACGCGAAGCUUUUGAUAAAGGAGAACAGGCCAAAAAACAUCUUUAUGAAUUCGUCAAGCCAAACUUCCACCAGUACGAUGUGUCUGGAUCAGCACAUAACUGUCGUUGGCAAAUGGGUUUGCUGAUGUUCCCGACACCUACCACUCUUUAUAUGGAGAAACACGCCGUACUGUACCUAGCUGCCACACGACACAUCGCUGAAGCGUUAUCGUUAUCUCCUGCUGAGCUCCAGUCCAAUGCUGUGUUCAUAGAAGAAUGGCAAAGAGUAAAUACGGAACUAAAUAUUGCAGAGGAAGGCGGUUGUGAAGAAGACAGUCCAGCGGUAAAACGUUUCUGUGAACUACGACGAUACGCGCGAUUUCGAACAGCUGACGGGCUAUGCAACAACAUUGACCACCCGACAUGGGGGCGUUCUCACACGCCACAUGCACGGCUCCUCCCACCGGUAUUCGGCGACGCUUUAAAUCUGGGUGACGUACCUCGUAUUACCUCAAUCAACGGAUCGCCACUCCCUGGUGCACGUGAGGUGUCUGUGAAGGCGCUAAGGCACUAUGACUUAAACGUAGACCCAAAGUACACACACUUUGUGAUGGCUUUUGGGCAGUUCCUGGAUCACGACCUCACACUUACGCCGGAGUCUAAAGGAACUGGCGAUACAAAUAUACACUGCUGUAUAGAGAACCCGGAUGGUACACUCAUGGAAAGACCAGAAUGCUUUCCAAUACCUGUGCCCCCCGGAGAUCCAUAUUACACGUCAAAAUGUAUCAAUUUUGUGAGGUCAGCUCCGGCCAUACAGACUGGAUGUGGCAUAAGCAACAGGGAGACGUUGAAUCAAAUAACACAUUUCGUUGAUGGAUCCAAUGUGUACGGUUCCAGCGAGUCAGAGACGGCAGCCCUCAGACAUAGCACAGGAGGUUUAAUGAAAACCGAUGGGAACAAUAUGCCUCCCGCUGCAUCAGAUGAUGAGUGUGUGUUGCCGGCUAAUCCUUUGCUACAUUGUCUUAAAACAGGAGAUGUGCGAUCCAACGAAAUACUAAAUCUUGGUCUGUUACAUACCGUUUUCCUGCGCGAACACAAUCGGAUCGCCAAGAACCUUCAAAAGAAAUGUCGUCGCUUUCGGAAAAAUAGCAACAGACUAUUUGAAGAAACAAGAAGGAUUCUUAUUGGAAUCUUACAGGAUAUCACGUUCUACGAGUUUCUACCUGAAGUUCUCGGCUCACCGGAGAUGAGAAAGCAUCGGUUGGAAUCCAACCAAUAUCGCGGCUACAAUCCAAACGUUAACCCAUCUAUACUGAACGAGUUUUCCACUGCAGCCUACCGGUUUGGCCAUUCCAUGAUCCUGGACAAGUUUAAGUUUCUUAACGAGGACUAUUCAACCGAUUUUGAGAAGCCCGUUUCCGAGACAUUCUUUCAACCGAUUGAAAUCCAGGACCACGACCAAGCGACCAAGCUUACCAGAUUUUUGGCAACGGGCAUUGCUAACAACGUUGACAGAGAAUUUGCACCAGCCAUACAAGACACACUCUUUCAGGACGACGAGAAUGAAGGUUUCGACCUUCCUGCUGCCAAUAUUCAGCGGGGACGAGACCAUGGCUUACCUUCCUACAUGGCUGUCAGAGAGGCGUGUGGAUUGACAACAGUUUCUACUUUUGACACACUACCUGAUCACGUGUCGAAAGAUCGAACAUUGCUUGCAAACACAUAUAACAACGUUGAAGAUGUGGACUUGUUUGCUGGUGGCAUCACGGAGACGCAUGUAGAGGACGGACUGGUUGGCCCAACCUUCGCCUGCAUUAUCGGAAAACAGUUCAGCAGGCUCAAGGUCGGCGAUAGCCACUACUUUGAACGACGCCGGGGCUUUAGAUCGUACAAGGAAUUCACGACCUCACAAAUAAAGGCAAUUAGAAGACAUACCCUAGCCAAGGUUUUGUGUGAGAAUACCGGUCUGAAGAUCAUCCAGCGGAAGGUUUUUGGCACACCAGACUGCGUAUCGAACCCAACUCUUGACUGCAGCAUGAUUCCAGAUAUAGACUUCAGAAAAUUCUGUUGAUGUGAUUGCUUCAGUGAAUUGAUGUUCAUCCUUGGAAACCAAGAACUUAGUAAUCACUUAGCAAUAUCAAAGACUGUUUUUAUGAUGAUUUGACCAAGAUUUCCUACUAUCCCUCUUCUCCAUUUCAAAUAUAUCCUCCAAUAGCUACAUCAACAUUUUAUUUUUGUAACACAAAAUAUACAUUUGAGGUGGAUGUCCAAUAUACAUUGUAACAAAAUAAAAAUUCACAAACAUUUUGCAAUUUUUUUUCAAAGCCCUAUUACAUAACCGUGAAUUUAAUCAUAAAUCUAUAAGUCAACUGUAAUGCAUAAUUUUAAUUAUAUAAAGAAGAAUUAAGAAUGAAGAAGAGUUAAGGAUGUACUCUUCUGAGGUUUCAAUCACGUUCAAGUCUCGUUAUGA